UAAAGUUGUUUGCUAUGUCAGUAAGAAAUUCUUUACCAUAUUUCCACCAAAACCCUUGGUCAGUUUUCUCAAAGCCGUUAAACCGGCUCCCAUACAACUCAAUGGUUAGCCGUUGCUAAGCAACCACUCGCGCGUCUUUGGUUUUGUUCUGCUAUGGCUGAAAGAAGUUCACAGAGAAAGAAGAUUACAGCUUCUGUUUCGCAGAAACCAUUUGGGAAAAAGUCAGAGAAAAUAAAGACAUGUGAAACAAGAUCUACCCCUGGCUCAACCACCAAACACGACGAUGAUAUGCUUGCAAAGGAAGAGCAUUACAAAAUUUUAAAUGCAGAACUGGAAGCCAAGACUGCAGAUUUAGUCAGACAGACUGAGCUUCUUAUGAAAGAAAAAAAUGAAGUUCUGGCAAAGCCCCUGUCCACUCUCCAGCUCACAGAUCUUGAGGAUGAUGAUAUCAUAAUAAUGGCACCUUUACAAGACAGUAUUCAGAAGCCUCAUGUUAAGGUGAAAACUAAGCAACAGACCACUCUGAAAUCUAUUCAUACUGGAAAACAACUCAAAGAUAAAACAAGAAGCCCAGGGAUGUCAUCUGUAAAUUAUUUGGAAGAAGCAGCUGAUACAUUUUUGUCAAAGACAAUACAAAACAUGGAAGAAAAGAUGGAUGAUGAGCACAGUGUGAAGGCAGAGAUACCUUUUUCUGCAGAUACAAUGGCACCCGGUGUUUCAGAUGCUCAGAUACGAGUGUUGAAGGCAAAACUACGGAUUAUGGAAGAAGAAAUGGAUCAUCUAACCAGUGAAUAUUACAAGAAGGAUGAUGAAAAUAUUAGACUCACUGCCAAAAUGAAAGAGCUUGAGGAGGACCGGGCUAGGCUACAGAAGUCAGAAAGUGUCCUGCAGGCACAAAUUGAGAAACACAAAAUUUUGUUCGAGACAUCUGCCAAAAAGUGUGAAGGACUUCAAUUACAUAUAGCAGAGUUAAAUAAGGAAAUUGAAAACCUUAAUAGAUCCAGCAAACAGGCUGCAGCUCUUCAUAACACUGUGGAGAUUCGCCUCAAUAGAGCCAUGGAGGAAUCACAAAAACUUAAGAGCGAACUCAACAAGAUGAAACAGAUGAACAAGGACAAAACUGUCGAAGAACACCAAAGCAAAGUAAGUCUUCUUGCAGAAAACAAAAACUUGAAAAAACAGAAAGCAGAACUCAUUGUGGGCUUCAAAAAACAACUCAAACUAAUUGAUAUUCUCAAACGACAGAAGAUGCAUUUUGAGGCUGCCAAGCUUUUGUCCUUCACGGAAGAAGAAUUCAUGAAAGCGCUUGACUGGGGAGAGUCAUAAUGUAUUUAACAGAGUAAAAGAGUAGAGUUAAAGUUGCUGUAUUAAAUCUAUCAUGUUUCCCUGAA